GGUUCGCAGGGGGUGGGGAGUGUUGUUAACCGGAGCGGCUGCCGCAGUCGCGGGGACCGAGCGGGCUCGCGGGGCGCGGAGCUCCUGGUCUCGGGGGCCGGGGCAAUGUUCCGCACCGCAGUGAUGAUGGUGGCCAGCUUGGCGCUGACCGGGGCCGUGGUGGCCCACGCCUACUACCUCAAACACCAGUUCUACCCGACCGUGGUGUACCUGACCAAGUCCAGCCCCAGCAUGGCCGUCCUGUACAUCCAGGCCUUCGUCCUCGUCUUCCUCUUGGGCAAGGUGAUGGGCAAGGUCUUCUUCGGGCAGCUGAGGGCCGCAGAGAUGGAGCACCUUCUGGAACGUUCCUGGUACGCUGUCACCGAGACGUGUCUGGCUUUCACCGUUUUUCGGGAUGACUUCAGCCCCCGCUUUGUGGCACUCUUCACUCUCCUCCUCUUCCUCAAAUGUUUCCACUGGCUGGCUGAGGACCGAGUGGACUUUAUGGAGCGCAGCCCCAAUAUCUCCUGGUUAUUUCACUGUCGCAUCGUCUCCCUUAUGUUCCUUCUGGCCAUCCUGGACUUCCUCUUCGUCAGCCAUGCCUAUCACAGCAUCCUAACCCGUGGGGCCUCCGUGCAGCUGGUGUUUGGCUUUGAGUAUGCCAUCCUCAUGACCAUGGUGCUCACCAUCUUCAUCAAGUAUGUGCUGCACUCAGUGGACCUGCAGAGCGAGAACCCCUGGGACAACAAGGCCGUGUACAUGCUCUACACGGAGCUGUUCACUGGCUUCAUCAAGGUCCUGCUGUACAUGGCCUUCAUGACCAUCAUGAUCAAGGUGCACACCUUCCCGCUGUUUGCCAUUCGGCCCAUGUACUUGGCCAUGAGGCAGUUCAAGAAAGCGGUAACAGACGCCAUCAUGUCACGCCGGGCCAUCCGCAACAUGAACACACUGUACCCAGAUGCCACCCCAGAGGAGCUGCAGGCGAUGGACAACGUCUGUAUCAUCUGCCGAGAAGAGAUGGUGACCGGAGCCAAGAGACUGCCCUGCAACCACAUCUUCCACACCAGCUGCCUGCGCUCCUGGUUCCAGCGGCAGCAGACCUGUCCCACCUGCCGGAUGGAUGUCCUCCGGGCAUCACUGCCAGCCCAGUCCCCAGCACCCCCCGAGCCUGCAGAUCAGGGGCAGCCUCCUGCCCCCCAUCCUGCGCCCCUCUUGCCCCAACCCCCUAACUUCCCCCAGGGCCUGCUGCCCCCUUUUCCUCCAGGCAUGUUCCCACUCUGGCCCCCCAUGGGCCCCUUUCCACCAGUUCCACCACCCCCCAGCUCAGCAGAGGCCGCAUCUGCUCCGUCAACUAGCGCAGCAGCCCUACCUCGGCCCAAUGGGGCAGCCUCCACCACCGCCAGCAGCCCUGGUGACACUCCAGCCACCUCCACCCCAGCCCCUGGUGCUGGCCCGGCCCCUGGCUUCCCCUUCCCACCUUGGAUGGGCAUGCCUCUUCUGCCCCCCUUCGCCUUUCCCCCAAUGCCUGUUCCCCCUGCGGGCUUUGCCGGGCUGACCCCCGAGGAGCUUCGGGCUCUGGAAGGCCAUGAGCGGCAGCAUCUGGAGGCCCGGCUGCAGAGCCUGCGCAACAUCCACACGCUGCUGGACGCUGCCAUGCUGCAGAUCAACCAGUACCUCACUGUGCUGGCCUCCCUGGGGCCCCCCCGGCCGGCCCCAGCACCAGUGAGCCCCACUGAGGAACCGGCCCCUCCCACGGCUGCCUCCACCCCCUCCACCUCCGUCAGCUUCCCCAGCACCACCGAGGCCUCCAUCCCAUCCCCUGGAGUGUCUCCAGCAGCCCCUGAGACUGCAAAAGCUCCAGCUCCCGAGUCCCUGGGCACCGAGGAGCUCCCUGAGGACGGAGAGCCCGACGCGGCCGAGCUCCGCCGCCGCCGCCUGCAGAAGCUGGAGUCCCCCGCGGCCCACUGACACUGCCCGGCCACCCUCACUGGACAUGUCCUGCCACCAAGUGCCAGCGUCCUCUCUGUGUGUGCCAGGGAGUAGCCACCCCCCAGGCCCCCCACUGUGGGGCCCAGCCAGGGCCGGCCUUCCUUGCCUGCUCCUGGCCAUGUGGUCCAUGGGGGGACCCCGGGAAACAGAGGUUUCCCCAUACCCUUUGGGAAGAGGCAGCCCGCUGUGUCCUGCUUGUGCGAGGAGUCACGCUGCAGUGCCGAACAGUAUUUGCGCCGGUCCUCAAGUGUGGCCUCAGAAGGGCUGGGGACCACCUGCUGAGACUGCCACCUCCCCCCCAUGUGUCCUGUCCUUGCCCUGUGCUCCCAAAAGCCUCUUGUGGCUGUGCCCCUACACCCUGUGGCAUUUCCACGUCUUACUGGCAACCACACAGCUCAGGGAAAGGGAGUGCCUGGGGGGUGGGGGGCAGCAGCACAGGAGGGACCCUGCCCCCACCCUCCCCCAGGCCCUUUUCCCCCCCACCCUUCCCCACCCCAGCAGCUUCUCAGGUGAGACCCAGUGGCCGGCUCACCCAGCAGCCACUGCCCAGCCGCGGGCCGGGCCAAGCGGGUCAGGUCACCUGCCCUCUGACCCCCAGCUUAGGAAGGCCGCCCCCAAACUUGUAGAGCUUUUUCCAAGUGUGGAUGCCCCAGAAUCGCCUCACUUGGCAUCAUCUGAGCCAGAAGUUUUGGCCCAGGGACUGGGGGGGUGGGGUGCAGGGUGGUGGCCAGGUUCCUGGCUUCUGGGUUUAGAAUAAGUGGCUCCCGUCCGGGCAGGGACCAGUGGAGCCAAGGCCUGCCCGCCCCAUCCCCUCCCUUCCCCCUCGGUUUUGUGUUACAGAGUUGCUGGAGACAGUUUCAAUGAUUAUUUAAUUUGUAAAUAUUGUACAAAUUUUAAUAGCUUAAAUUGUAUAUACAGCCAAUAAAAACAUGCAUUAA